ACCAGAAGCUUGAACAACAGCAACCCUUUAUUGUGCUAAUCCUCUAAGUCAUUACAAGCUCUGUUACUCCACCACUCGCUGCUUCACCAUGUCCUCUAUUGCAAAGGAAAUCCUUACAAAGUCAAGCAAUGCCUUGCCUCUCAUCUCAAGGGCUACACAACCUAAGAACCUAUACAGAGCACUGAAGGUCAUGGAUGGCAACGGAAUUGGAGAGACUGUUACAACAACAAAACUGCUCAAAAAAGGAUUCACAGAUUGCUACUACAAGGUCACCUCACUUGAGCUCCGUGGGCCUGAAUUGAACCACGGAAAAGCUUAUGGCGUUGAAGUCUGGAAGGGCAAGGUCUUGAACGACGGUAAACCUGUUGAGAUUCGUGGAGGUUUGAAGUGGAACUGGGUUAAAUACACACCAACAAGUGAGCAUGUGUCAACAAAAGCUGUGGCAUGAAGCUGGGCGUCAUUAGGUGGACAUAGACUGGAUAAAGAUUGUCUUCUUUUCUCAAUAUAAUCAUUGUAUUAAAACCCACGUAUUACAAGAACUAUGGGAUAUAUUUAUUACGGUAAUAUUUG